AUGACAGAAAAAGACAUUGAAUCGGGAGAAGUUGAAAUCAUUGCACCAAAAGUAACCAAAUCUUCAAAUCCAGCAAUUGAACAAGCGUGUGAUUCAUGCAGAAAACGGAAAUUAAAAUGUUCCAAGGAUUUCCCUCGAUGUACGAAAUGUACUCAACACAAUUGGAAUUGUUCGUACAGUCCAAGAACAGUGAGAUCUCCUUUGACCAGAGCUCAUUUAACUGAGGUAGAAAACAAA